GCGCAUGCUCAUUAACCGUUGCUGCCGUAGCCGGAGGAGCAGCGCAGAGGGGAUGAUCUCUUUAGAUUUAUAACACAAAUCUACGCACUAUCUCAACAAAAUGAAGUUUCCUUACUCGUAGAUUCCUGAGGAGUAAGUAUGCCUUUGUUCAGCCUCGGUCAGAAGGUGGUUUGGUGAGAGAAAAGCUAAAGUUUGGAGAGCAGCUGGCCCGGUCACAGACAGCACAAAGAAGCUCUUAUUUAUUGUCGAGGAUCUGGACUCCAGAUUUCCUUUAAACCAUCAGAGUUCAGUGAUUUUCGUCUCCUUAAAGGUGGAGAUCUAAACCACGGAGUCAUCUUUGUUCACAGCUCCGAUUAGUCCAGCUGUGAGUCUCAGAUUAGUCCUGAGUCCUGGACUAAGAGGGUGGAUUUCCAGACAGAUGGCUAACGUUACCGAGACAGUCUGAAGACUAGGAUCAGGUCUACGGCUUUAAAACCUGAUAAAGAUUAUUUAGAUCCUGCUAAACAUCAUUUAUAACCUGCUGAACAUCAUCUACAACCUGAUAAAGAUCAUUUAUAACCUCUAAAGAUCAUCUAUAACCUGCGAAAGAUCAUUUAUAACAUGAUAAAGAUAAUUUAUAACCUGGUAAAUAUUAUCUAUAACUUGCAAAAGAUCAUUUAUAGCCUCUAAAGAUGAUUUUAGGUGUUAACUGGAGACGAUCUCACAGCUUCACCCGUUCAGAGGGACCUGAAUCUGUAAAAAAAAGAGAUCCUGUUCUCCUGCCUGAUUCAUCAGGAUCCUCUUAGACCCGGUCCACUGCGUCAUUCUGAGGAACCCAGAGGAUGAGACUGUAGACCAGGGUCCGAGGAGGACAGGAGAUCAUGAAAGUCAGCAGGAACAUUCAGGAGUCCUACAUUUAUAGUGCUUAUCAACUGUGUCCUUCACAUUCAGAGGAGGCCUAACUCAUGACUAAAGUGCAGAUAUUCAUAUUCAGAUGUUGCUCUGAUACAGUUCAAUUAUAACCAGAGUCAAAGUAGAGGAGAAGCUGCUUUCAGAAAUACUCAUUCAGGAGUUUUGAGCUGCUUUAGAAACAUGUAGAAAUUAAAUCAGAUGUCUCUGAAAUGAAGUUUCAGUGUCCAAAAGUGCUGUGAGGGGACAGGACUGACCCGAGACUGACAGCACCUCACAGAAACGAGCAAUGUUUGAGAACUACACCAGAGCGGGGUUAGAGAUUCAGUCAGAAAACAGCCGUACUUUCAGAUCAGGUCUUUGUCCACAUGGGAUUUAGAUAGAGACCAGAGGUUCUCUCAUUGACUUCACUUUGUUCUGUUUUCAUUCAAAGUAUAUGAUCUGUAUUUCAAAUGUUGAAUCUUAAUGCUUUAUUCGAACUCUGAACAUACUGAGUCAGUUAGUAUUUGGAAAUUUGGGGCGUUGAAGUGAUGAAUCAUGAGGAGAAGAAGAAGAAGAAGAUCGUUCUCUGAUUCCUCGUUAAGGAGGAGAAACAGGAGCUGCGGUUUCUCUCAGACAAUUCUACUUUUCUUUUUCCAUUAGUCUGACUCUAAAGCUCCGGGUACGGCUUUAUGACAGCUGCUGUCAACUCAGUAUCUUUGUGUGAUGAUACAUCUGAUAUAAGCUAACAACACGCGAAGAAGUAUCUAUCAAUAUGAAAACGAUGACCUUUCUCUGUGAACGCACUGAAAGUCUGAGCAGGGAUCAAGUCUUUGGGUUCACUCAUGUCUAAUUUCACAGAUUCGUCAUUGAGAGUGAGCAGAUGAUUCAUCACAGGCUCCUCUGGCUGCUGCUGAAACACCUCAAGUUGACUGAUUGUAGAGGAGCAUUUCCAGUGUUUGACCACGACGUGUUUCAUUAGCCAAUAGAAACGUCUCCUGGACGUGUCAAAGACUAGCGUCUCUGAAGUGGAGUGUCUUUACAUAUUAGGACCCACGUGGAUCCAGAUUUCGUGAUUCCACUGUGUACCCGCGUUUGUUCAUGGUUGAACCUGCAGUCAGACCCUCACCUGUGAGCUGUCCCAGUUAGUCAGUUACUCAGAGUUUUGGUCUGUUCUGCAGGGUGAGCACAGACACUCUGUACGAGUCAGGAUCUCUAUUUAUUAGGACCUGCUAUUAGCCAAAGGUCAAACUGUGCUGGAUGUGAAAAUAGGUCAGAACAAAGUCAUGUCCCACCUCUCUGUAAGUGUCUGUGAAUGUCUGACUUACCCCCGCUCUGUUUCUCUCCAGUAUGGUGAGGGGAAGGUGUCUCAUGCUGCAUUAGCGGAAUAGUGACAUGCUGGCCUGUCUGCCGGCAUCAGGUGACCCUACCGUCAGACUUCUCUCCCGCUCGCAGAUGAACACUGGACUUCAGAAAUGUAAGCGCUCGGUUUCAUUGUUCAUUUGAUAUUUUCCACCAGAUAAGUUCCAGAGCUGCACCAAAACCUACAUUUGACUAUCGUGUUUGUCCGUUGCAGGGGAAACUACACAGAAGAUGAGAUCUGCCAGCUAUCCAACCCCAGCAGAGUUGGAUGCCUAUGCUAAGAAAGUCGCCAACAACCCUCUGACCAUCCAGAUCUUCCCCAACAGUGUCAAAGUACCUCAAAGGAAGCACAUUCGCCGCACAGUAAACGGACUUGACACUUCGUCGUCCAGUCAGCGUCACAGUCCCUACCCCUCUCAGGUCAGCUCCAGCAGGGGCCUUCUGGCUGUCCUCCGUGCACCAGCCAAAGGUGUCAUCAAAGAUUCAGACGGUAGCCGCGCCAGACAGCUUCAUAAAGCCGUCAUGAACCCUCACAGUGGGCCGUACGCCCCUCAAAGCACUUUAAACCUUCCUCAACCUCCUCCUCACCUCCCGGGCCCGUCUAACCCGGGAGUCCAGGCUGCCCAGAAGCAGGGCGUGGUGCACCCACAGGUGCUUCAGCAACAGCAAAGCUUGUCUCACCCCAUGACUCUACAGCAGUCUCAAGCACUGCCUCACCCGCAGGCUCUACAGCAAAGGACCAUGGCUCACUCACAGGCUCUACAGCGGCAGCAGAGCCUGUCACAGGGGCCGGCUCCACAGCAGCAGAGAUUGGCCCUCCCUCCACAAGGCAUACAGAGGCAGCAGAGUCUGCCUCACACCCAGGCUCUACAGCAGCAGCAGAGCCAGACCUGUCCCCAAGUGGUGCCGCAGCAGCAGCAGCAGCAGCAGCAUCUUCCUCAUCUGCAGACCCUCAAGCAUCAGGCGGCCCCUCAGCAAGCUUUACUUUCACAGCAAGGAGUGACUCAGGACCUGCUCCACCUGUCUGAUGGAGCUCAGCUGUCCAGCCUUCAGCAAAGCCAGGGUCUGGUGAGCUCACAGCCACUUCCCCAGGCUGUGGGUGCAGGACCUCCUACAAUGCCUAAUGGCCUCCAGCAGCACCCGGCGGCGGGGGCAUAUGGACCCAGGAAGCUGCCUGACGCAGACGCCCCACCAAAUGUUACUGUAUCUACCUCCACCAUCCCACUGUCCAUGGCAGCCAGCCUGCACCAGAACAGGCCUGGUGACCUGAGCAGCAUUGUGCACCAAAUCAACCAGAUGUGCCAGGCUCGGGCUGGCAUGGGCACCACCUCGGUCUGUGAGGGCCAGAUCGCUAAUCCCAGCCCCAUCAGCCGCAACCUGCUGAUCAAUGCCAGCUCCAGGGUGUCCUCUCACCACCCGGCGCUGGGCUCGGUGCCCCGGUGCCUUGUGGUGGGACCACCAGACAAAGCUACAGCUCAGACUUCAACCGCUGCUCUCCAUUCUCAGCCCACUAUAGCUGCUCCUAACAGUCUACCUGCCUUUCACACUGACCCAGAGAAGGUCCACCUGCAGCAGCAGCAGCAGCUUCAGCACCACCUACAUCAGCAGAAACAACAGCAGCAGCUUCAGCAGCACCAACAUUUACACCAACUACAGCAGCUGCAGCAUCAGCAUCAGCAGCAGCAACAGCGCUCCUGGGCCCAGCACCAACUGGCCCACAUGCAGCAGCCCCCCGAGGGGGCCCAUCCAUGCAAGAACCCGAGAAUGGAGCUUCCAGCGGAGCGCUCCUUCCCUUCUGGAAAUCUCAACUAUCCCCACAAGCUGCCCAGCUCAGCACACUCCUUUACCCUGAAACACCCCGCAGAGAAGCCCCGCCCCCCCUCGCCUGUGAACUGCCCGGCGGGGACUAUGCCUUACAUUAACGGUCACUACAUGCAACCAUCGUGGGGCAACAUCCCGGCCUCAGCAGGGAACAAUGGAAACGGCUCUCAGGACCUCCCAGUGGCUUUCCACGGAGGGCAAGCUGCUGCUGCCACUGCCUCCACAGACCGCAUCCCAGGGGCCAAGUACCGGCCCGGAAAAGAGGGUCCUCCAGGUGGGUCCAAGCUGAUGCAGAAUGUGGAUUUCUUAGGAGGGGACUUCCAGAUCCCCAACUUUCAGGAGCAGAACAUGGAUGUGAUGCAGAAGAUGCACAGAUCAGCCAUGGGCCAAGUUCAGGAGCCCAACAAUGGCGGGGGUGUCCACAGUCAUCACCCAGGCUACCGCUAAAAUGUGCCCCUCCCCCCCAUGGCGUGUUUUGAGUUGGUCUACCUUCAGCUACUCUGGUUCAUUCUCUGUGAUCUUGCAAGUGAUCAAUUCCAUCUCACUGCUCCAGA